UUGAGAGUUACUGUUAAUCUACAGGUUGAAAAAGAAAUUGAGAAUGAAAAGAAAUCUUUGCUGAUGAACUUUAAGUGAACAGGUGUUGUGUUGGGCUCAAAUUACUUCUAGUAUAAGGAAAGAGAAAUUCAAGUUUUGAUAACAAUGGGAGAUAACUCUUUAGUAUUGACACCAAACUCUUGCCGAUAUGAGCUCAGAUCAAGGACACCAAAUACGCCAAACACUCCUUCCACGCCUAAGAGCAGGGUUCUUCGUUCCACUAACACACCAGUUACAGCCGAUAAUGUGCAGAAAGAAUUCAGUUCUCCCCUCAAGUCCAGUAGUACAUCACGUACCCCUCUCCAGAGGACAAUCUCCACUCCAAGCACACCAAAAACUAAGGAUAAUUUGGUGUUUAGGACACCGAUGUCAUUUAAGCCAAGGAUAGUGGGAAAUAAGCCAGUACCUUCUCCGUCUAGAGAGGAAAUAUGGAAACAGGAACUUGGGCUCGAAGAUGAUCCAACAAGUGACAAGGAAAAUUCAUCGUCAGAAGAGGAAGAAAAUCAGAAAUGCCAGACAUCGGUGGUUGAAUACAGAGCAUUACAGAAAGUGUUAGCGGAGAAGAACGCGCAGAGAGAUGAGACUUUACUUCAGAUUAAGAAUUGUAAGGAUAAAAUUCGUCAUUAUAAAUCACGGUUGGAAAGGGAGGAAAGUAAUAAGCGUCAGCAGUUGAAAAUUCUGCGGAAAACUCACGAAGUGCAGAUGCAUGAGAAGGAUCAAUUAGUUGACAAUUUACAGUCAAUUAUUUCGGAGCAGGAAGAGAAAAUUAAAGAGUUAGAAGAUAAUGUUGUAACCACUCCAAGAAAGAGAACAAGACAGACAAAGCAGGCGGCUCAAGCUACGUCCACUAGUAACUCUCCCGUAGAGAGCACCACAAAACUUAUUGAUGAUAUUAAACGUCUUCAGACUGAACGGUCAUCAUUGACCGCGGAACUGAACGAGGUUCAGCUCGAACUGACCACAUUUCGAGAGGAGAGUUCAAGGGAGAUAACUGCCUUGAAGAACACUAUUGUGCAAUUAGAAAAGGCAAAUAACUCUAGCAAUAAUACUGAUAAUAAAAUUUCUAGUCAAAGAAGCCAUAGUUUUAGAAAUAAACAGAUGAUAUUAGGUUGUAGCACGGACACAGAGAAGCAGGUUGAUGUUCUGCAGGCAGAAAAUGACCAACUUCUCCAAGAAUUAACCGAGGCCAAAAAUGCCCAUACCAAAGCUGUCACUGUGUCAAAACUUGGUAACCAUAGGCAACAGCAAUUAGAAGAGGAAAUCAAAAGAUUAAAGGAGAGAAACUUUCAGUUAGAGGCGGAUGUAAGUGCACGAUUAGGUAGUGCCGAUGAGUUGACCCAGUUAAAGCAGGAAGUUUGUACCCUCGGUGAAGAGAACAUGAAGCUUGAAGCACGAGUUCGAGAACUGCAGGCAGAGAUAUUUACAUUACAUGCAAAAUCACCCGAG